AUGGUCAAAUAUUCAGAAUGGGUAGGCAACAUUGUCCCCGUCCCUAAAAAAGAUGGGAAAGUACGAAUGUGUGUGGAUUACAGAGACUUGAAUAAAGCUAGCCUAAAAGACAAUUUCCUAUUGCCUCACAUUGACACCUUAGUGGAUAAUACAGCAGGCUACUCACUGCUUUCCUUCAUGGAUAGCUUCUUUGGAUACAAUCAAAUAAAGAUGCAUCCUGAAGAAAUGGAAAAGACCACAUUCGCAGUAAAAGGGAGUGCAAUAGCAGAUUUUCUGGCCAGUAGAGCUUUAGAAGAUUAUGAACCGCUGAACUUUGAUUUCCCAAAUGAGGGCCUAAUGUAUGUGGUAAUCACUGAAGAGGAUUCUCAAGAAGGUCAUCAUUGGAAACUAAACUUCGACGGGGCCUCAAACGCUAUUGGUAAUGGAAUCGGGGCAGUCCUAGUAUCCCCAAACGGAGAUCAUUAUCCUUUUACUAAUAAAUUGGAUUUUGAUGACACAAAAAACAUGGCAGAAUAUGAAGCAUGCAUCAUGGGCAUUUGUGCAGCUAUAGAAUGCAAAGUCAAAAUACUAGAGGUAUGUGGGGAUUCUUCAUUAGUGAUAUAUCAACUCAAAGAUGAAUGGGAGAUGAGAGAUCCCAAAUUGAUCAGCUAUCAAAAACUGGUUCUCGAACUAAUUAAGGAGUUUGAUGAUAUCACUUUUUGCUACCUCUCGCUAGAUGAAAACCAGAUGGCUGAUGCAUUGGCUACUUUAGCUUCCAUGAUCAAAGUGAACAAACAAGUGGACAUAAAACCUAUCCAAAUGAGCAUCUAUGAGACUCUGGCUCAUUACUACAACAUCAAAGAAGAGGAAAAUGAUGAUUGCCCUUGGUACCAAGAUAUACUACGAUACGUGAAAAAUCGCGAGUACCCUGACCAAACAAUCGAGAAUGAUAAGAGAACAUUGAGAAGACUGGCCAAUGACUAUGUCUUAGAUGGGGAGAUCCUAUAA